GUUGCAGGCCACGGGCAGGAGGUGCAGGCCGAGAACGUGACGGUGCUGGAGGGCGGCACGGCGGAGAUCACGUGUCACCUGCACCACUACGACGGCUCCAUCGUGGUCAUCCAGAACCCCGCGCGGCAAACGCUGUUCUUCAAUGGCACCCGCGCGCUGAAGGACGAGCGGUUCCAGCUGGUGGAGUUCAGCCGACGGCGGCUGCGGCUGCGCCUGGCGCGGGCCCGGUUGGAGGACGAGGGUGGUUACUACUGCCAGCUGUACACCGAGGCCACCCACCACCAGAUCGCCACCCUCACCGUGCUGGUGCCCCCCGAGGACCCGCUGGUGGAGGCCGGCACGGCGGCGGUGGAGGGAGCGGAGCUGGAGCUGAGCUGCGUGGUGCCAAGGGCCCGGCCCCCGGCAACGCUGCGCUGGUACCGGGACCGGAGGGAGCUGCCGGGCUCCAGCAGCCGGGAGCUGCAGGGCAAGGUUUUCCGGCAGCGGAACGUGCUGCGGCUCCGCGUGGAGCGCCGCGAUCACGGAGCCAUCGUCACCUGCGAGGCCUCGCACCCGGCCCUGGCGCGGGGGCAGCGCCGCCAGACCCAGUACAUGUUGGAUGUGCAGUACGCUCCCACUGCCCGCAUCCACCCAUCCCAGAGUGUCCUGCGGGAGGGUGACACCUUGGUGCUGACCUGUGCUGUCAAUGGCAACCCCCGCCCCACGGAGAUCGCGUGGAGCCGGAACGAGUCGCUGCCGGCGCGGGCGCGCGCCGAGGGCGAGGUCCUGACGCUGCCGGCGCUGGGCCCCCAGGACAACGGCACCUACAGCUGCCACGUGGGCAACCGGCACGGCCGCGCCGCCGACCACUACGUGCUGGUGGUGUACGACCCGGGCGCGGUGGUGGCAGCGCCGAGGGCCGUCCCGUUCGCCAUCGUUGGGGUGCUGGCGCUGCUCGUGUUCCUCCUGCUCUGCCUGCUGGGGGCGCUGCUCUGGGGCUCCGUGCGGCAGAAAG